AUGAGAGGGAGCAGCCAUACCCUUGUUCAGAGUGCGGGAAAUGUUUUUCACAUAAGUCUAGACUUUACAUAUAUCAGAGAUCUUACACAGGUGAAAAGCCAUCUGUCUGUCCUGAGUGCGGGGAAACACUUUUCAGUGAAGCCCAGUCUUCACACACAUCAGAGAUCUUACACGGAGGAGAAGUUGAAUACCUGUUUGGAGUGCGGGAAAUGUUUUUCAGAGAAGCCUUUUACUUCAUAUAUGACAGAGAUCUCAUACGGGGGGAAACGCCGUAUUGGGGAUAAGAGGGGUGAGUGA